AUGAAGAUCCAAGUCGAUGGCCUGGAAGUGCUGUUCCCGUAUGAUUUCGUCUACCCGGAGCAGGUGCUCUACAUGCAAGAGUUGAAGAAGAGCCUGGAUGCUCAGGGCCACGCAAUUCUCGAAAUGCCGUCGGGGACGGGUAAAACGAUCAGCCUUCUGUCGCUCGUCAUGGCCUACAUGGUCAAAUAUCCGGCAAAAUUGUGCAAAUUGGUGUAUUGCUCGAGGACGAUUCCGGAGAUCGAGAAGUGCGUGGAAGAGUUGCGGAAUUUGUAUGCGUUCUACAAGCAGCAUACUGGGGCAGAGCCUGACAUGAUCGCCGUGGCGAUGUCCGCGCGUAAAAAUUUGUGCAUCAACGAAGAGGUGGUAAAUUUGAGGCUGGGCACACGGGUUGAUGGCGCUUGUCAAUCGAGAACGGCUAGCUACAUUCGUGCUCGUCGAGCCGUAGCACCGGAUUCCGUUCCGCCUCCCUGUGAUUUCUUCGAAAAGAUGCACUCCCAAGAUAUGUUCCAACUGCCGAACGGUGUAUACAAUAUUUCUGAUCUCAAAUCGAUCGGCCGUACGGAGGGGAUAUGCCCGUAUUUCCUUGCCAGAUAUGCUUUGUCAAAGGCAUCGAUCGUCGUUUAUUCCUAUCACUACAUUCUGGACCCAAAAAUUGCCGAAUUGGUUUCAAAGGAUUUUGCUCGGAAAACCUGCGUCGUUUUCGACGAAGCCCACAAUAUCGACAACGUUUGCAUCGAGUCGAUGAGUGUGGCGAUGACCGAGAAAAACGUUGACAAAGCCGCCAACGAGCUGCAACACGUCGAGAAGCUUGUCAACCGGGCCAAAAGAGAAAACGCUGCUCGCCUUCAGCAAGAAUACGAGAAGCUCGUGGAGGGGUUGAGAAAGCAAGAACAAGAACGAGCAAACGACGAGCGGCUGGCAAAUCCGGUACUUCCGGAUGCCGUCUUGCAAGAGGCAAUUCCUGGACAAAUCCGAGACGCACGACACUUUGUCUCGUUCCUGAAACGCAUCGUCGAAUAUAUGCGGCAUCGUCUGAAGACCUCGCACGUGUUGAUCGAAUCGCCAGCCGUUUUCCUGAAGGAUAUUCAGGACCGGAUUUUUGUCGAUAGAAAGCCAUUGAGAUUUUGUUGCGAGCGCUUCAACCAACUGACCAAGACAUUGGAGAUGUCAGAUCUGGCGGAAGUUUGGGCACUUUCUCAAGUUACGACAUUUGCCACCCUGGUCUCCACCUACUCCAAAGGCUUUUCGGUGAUUGUCGAACCGGGCGAUCAGCGACAACAGCCUACAAUCACGCUUUCAUGUAUGGAUGCCAGCAUUGCCAUUCGCCCGGUGUUGGAGCGCUUUCAGACGGUUGUGAUCACUUCCGGCACGCUGUCACCCCUCGAGAUCUACCCAAAAAUGCUGGAUUUCGAUCCGUGUGUGAUGGCCUCAUUUACGAUGACGCUUGCCCGGCCAUGCAUUUCGCCACUUGUCGUCAGCAAGGGAAAUGAUCAGGUGGCGAUCACCUCUCGUUUCGAAUCGCGUACCGAUACGGCCGUCAUCCGCAACUACGGCAACCUGGUGGUCGAUGUUGCUAAAUCGGUACCAGACGGCGUCGUCGUCUUCUUCACCUCGUACCUCUAUAUGCAGACCGUCAUCUCGACAUGGUACGAUCAGCACAUUAUCGACGAGUUGAUGAAGUACAAGCUUGUCUUUAUCGAGACUACCGAUGCGAGAGAAACUUCAGUGGCCCUCGGCAAAUAUGUGGAAGCCUGCGAUUGUGGCAGGGGAGCGAUCCUUUUUUCAGUUGCCAGGGGAAAAGUGAGUGAAGGUGUUGAUUUUGCGCAUCAUCUCGGACGCGCCGUGAUCAUGCUCGGCAUCCCCUACAUGUACACGGAGAGCAAGAUUCUGCGGGCUCGACUCGAAUAUCUGCGCGAUCAGUUCCAAAUCAAGGAGCAAGACUUCCUGAUGUUUGACGCAAUGCGGCAUACGGCCCAGUGUAUGGGCCGGGCCCUACGCGGCAAGACUGAUUACGGGUUGAUGAUCUUUGCCGACAAGCGCUACUCCCGCGUCGACCUGCGCAGCAAACUGCCACGCUGGAUUCAGGAAUAUCUCGACCCGGGCAACACCAAUCUCUCCGUCGAUGAGGCAAUACAGCUGGCACGUCGCUGGCUCUCCCUGAUGGCCCAGCCAUUCAGUCGCAAGGAUCAAAUCGGAGUGUCACUCCUCACACAGGCACAACUGAAUCCCGGCGUCAUGAACAAGUUUGCAAAGGUGGUCGAGCACUACGAC